CACGGGACGAAACGGAAGAACCCAUUUCGUAGAGCGGCAGGAUGCGGGGCAAAGUUCUCCUCCGCGCGUCCGAGUACCAAUGGAUCUCGCGCGUGAUGGUCCUCGAAGUCGCAUCUCUCUCGUUCUUCUGUCCCAAGUCCCAGUGCAGUUUGGAGUGCGUACAGCUACGGGAUGCCACGUGCGAGACGGUAGUGGUUUCGUCCGACCAUUUGCACUGCUUCCGCGUCAUCGAGGUCGAUGACGAACACCACGCCACUAAGGAGUGGAUCAUUGAUGUGGCGUCGUCCCAAGUCAAGCAAAAGUGGAUUUCCGCCAUUCAAACGAAUAUUCUUGAGCUCAAACGCGUCCGCUGCCCUGCCAAGGAUGUCGCGGCCAAUUCUGCGAAGGAGGCUCCUGUGACCUCGCUUCCCGCAGACAACAUGGAUCGAAUCGAUACUGCUCGGCGGCUCAUCCAUGACCUUCAAACUCAGCGCGGCAGCGUCUUCCUUCGUGGGAAGGACGUUCUAGACAUAUUGCAGAAGCACAUUGGGAUCAAAUCUCGAACGGAAGCGGUGAUCCUGGGCAACACGCUUCUGAACGAAGGGUACUUCAAGCACAUGGUGUCGCAGUACACCCUCUUGGACGACGACUGCCUCUUCGAGACAGUGUCGCGCACCCAGGUCAACCUCCAAAAGCAGUUCCACACCAUGCCGGACGCCGACGACGGCGACGACGAAGUCGAACAGUCGCUGCAGAACCAGUCCAACGGGUACUACUGCCCCGAACUGCACAACUUGUUCGUAAGCAUGCUGUCCGAGAUCGAGAUCUCGUACGUUGUCGACGAUCCUCGUCCGAACGAAGAUUUGUCGAUCUCGGCGGUGGACCUGGACCGGAGCGGUCUGGCAUUUGACGCGGCAAAGGAGCUCACGCUCAAGGAAUGCAUCUACGGAACGGACGCCGUGGAGUGCCUCAUGAACGCUGGGUUGCUUAACGAAGACGCCGCGGUCGUGCUGGGGAACCAACUCUUGGCCCGCGGAUACUUUAGUCCAAUGGACAACGACACGGACAGUUUUGAAAACGCCAGGAAGCGGUAUGUCCUGUCGUCGUCCAUCACGCGAUCGGUGGCGCCGACGGCGGAAGAGACGCUGAUGGAAAUUCAGUGCCAGGAAGAAAAAUACCGGCAGGACCUUGUCCGGCGCGACGACCUCAGAAUCCACGGCAUGCAGCUGCUUGCGGCUUCGUUCCUUGUCAUCCUGCUACUGGACAGUCUCCAGUCCAUGUCACUCGGGCUGAAAUUAUUGCUUGUCGCGUUUUGUGUCGGUGGCAAGAUGUACUUCCACGACCCGCUCAUCACUGCUGCCGCACCUGCUCACCUCCCUGCCAAACUAACUGCGCCAACCAAAAAGCCCAAGACGAAACGAAUGACAGCACCAUCCACGACAUCGGUCGACCUGCCAUCGCCAAAUCAGCUCCGAAAUCGCAAAAAUCGCGCCGGCGAGACGCCCAUCCCGUCGACCACGGCGUCGUCCACGUGGAGCGACUCAGGUAGCCCCACGACCAUCGCGACGACUGAACCUGUUGUGUCGUUGACUGCCGACGAGCUCGCUCGAGUGGCCUCCUUCCGAACCAUGCUGAGUAUCACGGACGAAAACAGUUUUCUUUUCAAGGACGACUACCUGUACAGCGUCCUGAAUGUCCGCAAUCGCACCAUGACGUAUGCGGCAGAGAAACUACAGCGGUGCAUUGCUUGGCGGCAGUCGUACGGUGCAGCCACGAUCACGAUGGACGAGAUCUUGCCUCAGCUAUCGAAUUGCUCGUUCUACUGGUUUGGGUACGACUACCACAACCGACCUAUCAUUUGGACGCGACCGAAGCUCAAAAAUUGGGGCAAGAUGGACACUGCGCUUGAGAUCCGUGCUCAUGUGUUUAUGAUCGAGCUCGGAAUCAAGCACCUGAUGCCGCCGGGAGUGACCACAUUUACGCUCGUGACCGACUGUCGAGAUGUUGGAUACCGAGAAGUGGAUAUUCGGCUGAUGAAAGGUCUGAUGGAGGUCUGUUCUGGCAAUUACCCCGAUCGCAUCGGCGCCAUUUGCAUCGGGCCACUCACCACUCUGGUGAAAACGUUGACGCGCAUGCUGUCACCUCUGCUUCCCGUCCGACUUCGGGAAAAGGCCAAGUUCAUGAAGCAUCCUGGGAAAGAACUGGAAGAGUUCAUGGCUCCCCAGUAUGUCCCCAAGUACAUGGGCGGCGAAGCGGACCAUCCGCUGAGUCAAGUGCCGGGCGAGUUCGACUUUCAAUUCAUGCUCACGGAGCAGCGGCGGCGACUUGAACGGCUGUCGCAGCAGGCAGCGUCUUAGCACAUAAAGACUCUUCCACGACAUUUUCCACCUGAUCCGUUUUUAGCACACCGAGUUAGCAAACUGCACGAGUGGUCAAAUGCUAUUUCC